AGGGUCGAUCCAAACCCGUUCCUAACAAAUUAGAGAAUUACGUUCAAGUGUGCAUCGACACGAACCCGAGACAACCCAACCCGGUCUGAUUGCCAUGUCUACUGCCAGCUUCAAAGCUCUCAUUUUUCAGUAAAGAGGAAAAGAGCAAAGUAGAUGACUCUGAAACUUAGUCUACACAGGAGAUAAAUGGCUAAAAGACUCUCUUCCCGCCUUUCUUCCCUUCAUUUUUCCUUCAGGAGCCCUAAACCCCAUUUUCUACCUCAAACUUCUCUAAGGAUGGAAGCUCUUUCUAACUCUGUCACUUCAAGUUAUUAUUCAAUAAAUCACAGUUAUAAUCAUGGGUUUUCUCCAAGUUUCCAAGUUAUAAGAUCAUAUGCUCGCAAUAGGGAUAGGCAUUAUGAUCUUUUUGGCAGUCAAAAGCCUGGGGAAGAGGGAUUCCGGGAAGCGUGGAAAAAAGAGAUGGAUGAAGAUUCUUGUCUAUGGACAGGAAGUGAAGAUGAAAGUGAUGAUGAGAACAGUUCUGAUAAAGGUAGAAAUCGACUUGAAAAAGAUAUUCGGAAGGUAAGGCAGCAGGCGAAGGAGCACUCAGACCUUAUCGAUGCUGAUGACAGUGAUGAGUUAAGAAGUGUAUGGUCUGGGAGUGAUGAGGAGAAGACUUUGUGGACUGGUGAUGAAUGUGAUGAUGAGGAUGAUAUUCCUACAGAAGCACACCCCAAUGAGGCCAGCGAUAGGUAUUUAGAUAACUUGUUUGAGUUUGAGGAAAAACCCAAGUAUCGGACGAUCUCGGAACUGUUGAAUGCAGAAAAUGAACCAGAGUUGUCCCCUGGGAAGCAAGCUAGGAAACUUGCAGUUGAGAAUGCCUUGAAGAAAUUAAAGAAAGGGCCAGAUGGGCGUUACACCAAUGUGUGGGAAGUCAUGAGUGAUAUAGACAUCCUAAUUGGAGCAUUUGAAAAUAUUGUUUCUGGACCAGAGUAUGAGGAGCUUCGUCAGGGAGGGCCUAAGAAAUUGAAUAUGCAGUUUUUCAAGGAUAUACAAGCACGUAUGAGAGAUCCAAAUUUCAAGUUCUCACCUGAGUUAAAGUUGAAACCAAAGAGCACACUUGUUCCAAGAAAGAAAUGGCAGAAGGCACAGUCAAGACGAAGAAAAGCACAGAGGCGUUAAGUUGCAGUUUCCUUCAUUCAACUGUGAGAGUGAGUUAACUUACCUGUACAUGUUUGAAUCUGGAAACUCUUUUUCUUAUGUCUAGAUCUCUCUAUACUUUCCUUGUCCUGAAAGUUAGUGCAAAAUUAUACAAAUGUUUUAAACCAUUCAUGGUUCUAUGAUUUCUUAUUUGCCUUGAGCUUCAUUACUGUUCUCCUA